AUGUUUGUGCCCCCUUGCACCUUUACAGUGACGUUGACCUGCUCCGAAGGCUACUUGUCCGUCUGCUACUCGCCGCACAGACAGGAGCCCUAUCAACGCCUCAUCGAAUAUCUGGUCUCCGAGCGUUCAGUCGUCCAGCUCGCCUCCUCGCCGCCACCGUCUGACUCUAUCUUCUUCGGAGGGCAGGACGACUCGUCCAAAACCGGCUCUCUAAGGUUCGCCGAGACCUUCGAAGAGGGCGAUGCUGUCGAGAGUAGAGACCUACUAGAAGCCGGCAUAGCGACUGCCGACGACAGAAGGGAAGCUGGUAACUCUGGCGGUCUAGUCGACCUGACGGAGUACCGUCGCCGAAGUCGCAUGACGUCAAGACCCUUCACUACCGCCUCGUACGAACUCAAAUCGGCCGAACGGGCCCGGUUCGAUGGGGAUGAGCUGGCGACAGGCAGACGAGUACUGCGAGGCUUUGGAAGCAAUGCGACAGGUGAGCGCCGUCGGUGCUGA